UCGAAUGAAAAUGGGCGCGGUGCGGGGCAAUUUAAAGUUCUCGUUUGAACCCGGGCCUUCCUCUUGAUCGUUGCGCUCAGCGCUCGAGGGAGCGACGACAGGACAGCACAGGACAGAAGCAGGUGGAGCUUCGAGCAUGCGAAGAAUCUGCAGGCGUUGACCACGACGGGAACUGUCGAGCAUUUGUGAAGGACCCGCGAGAGGAGCUUGCAGAGAGAUCGUACUCGAGGCGCAUCGUCGAGAAGCGCGAGUUUCUCCUUCAGCGGGAUUAGUUUUUGAAAGUUUUUUCCUGCUCUUUCUAUGUUUCGGCGUGUGAUUGGAAUCCGAAUUUUGCCACACUGGUAACUGGGCCAGACCGGCAGCAAGUGCUCAUGGAAGGACGGCAGGAGCCUGAAUUAUCCCUGAGGUGUCAAACUUUUAACAGGCACUUUUCACAGGCGAUGCAUGCUCUGCUCACUUCCUGUACUCGGAAGGAGGUUGUGGGCUACUUCUCGCAUUUCGAACCACAAACACAGGAGUACCUUUACAAGGUCUACGCUCUCGUGGGAGCACAAAUUCGUGAAAACGUCAUCGCUGAAUUUGACUCCAUCUGCAAGGAGCACCAGGUUUACGAGGUUCUGGAUCAUGUAUCCGACAGAGCUCUCAUCAGUGCCGAUGGUGCCGGUGAUCACAUUCACCCAGAGAAGGUCGUGAAAGAAGUAGCGGUGAGGAGAAAGUUGCAAGAAAUGGAGGAAGUAAAGAGGAGAUUAGGAUUGGCACAGAAGGAAAACGACUCACUGGAGGCCCAACUGAAAGUUCUUCACUUGGAAAUAGACAAUUCACAAGACCAAGGCUCUGAUAAUGCCCUCUAUAAGAAGAUUCAAAAAGCUAAUAUCGAACUUUUCAAACUUUUGGAUUAAGUGCCAUAAAUUUAUUGAAUCCUAAUGAAUCACCUAUAGGUACUUUCAAACGUAAGUACAUUUACCCAUCGUUAGCAUUGUCAACGUCAGAAAGUUCUUAUGCCCAUUUCAACCCCCUCUCAUUGAUGCGAGUACGCAGCAGGCCAGUGUAUAACAUCUGCUUUUGUAAUGAAGCUCUCGACAUUAUUAUGGAAAUAGAUGUCGGAGCAAAACCGUGUUUGCAGCCUCUUGAGUCUAGCUCUAUGUCUUCUGAAAGAUCUAGUAACAUCAUUUCCGUGGCCCAAACAAACUGCCUUCACUGAUCCCCAAUUUAUUAUCGACGGGCCGUGGAUUGGUCAUACCUCUUCAUCAGCUGACACUCCCAAUUUCUUAAAGACCUCCUGAUAUUCUUGCUGGGAAACUUUUUUGCUGGUCUUUGGACUCCGCUGUUAAACCUACGGACCAACGAGGCACAUACAUUGACUUCGGAGUGAGUUAAAGAAUGGAGCAGACCUUUGCUCCAUACAGAACCUCUCUCUUGGUCACCCUAAGGUCUUUUAGUAAUCGCAGACAGUUUGUGUUCAGAUUAUUUCAGACCAUCACAUACUCGUUACUUCAAGCCAAUUGCCUUGCCUCGAAGGAGCAGUUACGGCUGUGUCAACAUGUAGCGUUGUGCCAUUCUAUAUCAUCUUUGCCUUCGGUGUGCCAUUCAAUUUAAGUGUGCUCCAUCCUCGGGAUAUCUAGUAAAAUCUUAGGGAGUGGAAUACAGCGUACUCUGUCGCCAAUAAAGGAAACACUUUUUCUGUGACCACUGGACCGGUUUGUAGUCCCAGUCUUGCCUGUUAGCAGACAGUUUUUGCAACGUCAGCUUAAGGUGAAAGAUGACCCUUCACAGUAUCUCAUUCUGAGGUAACGACAGACUUGGGUAAGAUACUAAUUAUCCCGACUACCUCCGUUGCCCUCUUUACUCUCCAGAGAAACUGUGUAGCCCAAGGUAUGCCUACUUCUCACGAUUUCUAAGACCCAAGGCUGCUUCCAGCUCUGCAAUCCUGGCCAUUUUAUAUAUGGUUUCUCCCAGUUCUAGAUGCUGCGCAUAUGCCCUAUCUGCUCUUAUUGGACACAGAAAAGUGCAACCUACGUGGAUGCGGUUGGCAUAUAGGGUUGGGGUGAAAGGUCCCUCUGCUCCAGGUUUUUCUGAAAUAUGACUGAGUUGUGACAGUAUUGGAGCCACUCAACAUCACACCGUCCUGACUACCAAAAGCUCUCAUUUGGUAUUGACAAAAGCUCCAACAAGAUCCGAUCACCAUUGCUUUGAAGUGGGGUGGGCGUUUGCUGGCACUAGAGGACACUCUGUAGGGUGGCGACGAGAAAGCAACUAAUAGUUCACUAUGAAAGCUCUCGUCAUCAAAAUAGGUCGAGUAUCUAGGGUCUCACCUUUCCCCAUGUUUUAUUAUCGAAUGCCCUAGCCCCUGCCUUUUAAGAAAAUCUCUCCCCGCAGUAUUCAGCUGUCGCUCAUGCCCACUAUCACCCUCUCAAAUAUCUUCUAACAUGACAGAACAGAACAAGAAGCGGACGAACUGCAGAGUCCCUUGGGAAUGAAUGGGGGACAUUGACCUUCCUUGACCGCGUAGGAAAACUUCACAUAACUUACACACUAAGUUUUCUUAUCGAACUCCCUCCGUCUUCUAGAAGUGCAUCGGAAACUUGAACUGAAGCAUGACACGAAGACAGGUGAAAUUGGCGCUAUGACCACUGCCCACCACGAGAUGAGUUCUAUUGUCCGGUUCGAGCAAAAGUUGACGCUAAUUACUGAUUUAACUCGCAGUUAGUAACUUUUGCUUCUACCAUGUUACUUGU